GUCCAAAUGAUCAUGACCUAACUCUGAUUCAACAAGAAUCAUCCAUUCAACAACUUGAUUAGCUGUUUUGAUGCCACCAGCAGCUUUGAAUCCAACCUGUUCAAGGUUAUCAUAUUGGAAAAAAGGAUUGACAAUUAUAAAUUAUUAUGAAAGCCGAAGGUUCAUCAAUUGUUAAUACAGUCCUUCACAAGGUCAAAGUAAAAGAAGAAAAAAAAGAAUGUAAUUAUCAACAACAAGGUUCACCAUCAACAACAACAACAACAACUGAACAUUCAACUCUAACAAUAACAACAAACACAGCAAGCACAUCUCCAACAAGUACAUCAACAACUUCAACAACAAAUUCAACAAUAACAAAGGAUUCAACAUUGUCAAUUAACAGUCUCAAUUCAGGUGUCAUUUGUCAAAUUUCAACAUCAACAACAUCAUCAGAAAGCUCAAUUGAGCCAGUUGAUUUGGACAUUAAAAAAAAGGGUGUAUCAAACCAGGUUCAAUUGGAUAAUGAUAAUAAAGAUAAUAUAUUAUCACCAAAUUCACAAAAAAUAAUAAAGAUACAACAAAUAAUUGGUGUUAAUAAUGAACGUGAUUAUUUACGUGGACAACAAUCAUCAUCUGGUUCAUCAGGAAAUGAAAGUCCAAGUUCAUCACACUCAAUUAAACAUGAUAAUGAUGAAUUUUCAGUUGGUAAACAAGAUGAUACAGCAAUAUCACAUCUGUCAAAUAGUGCUGAAUCAAAAACAGGAAAUAGUUUAAUUUUAAAUGGCAGUGUCAGGUGUAUUGCAAGUGUAUUUUCUGGACAUGCUAAAUUAAAAAGACUUCUUGGUACACUUGUACAAUUUGCAAAUAAUAUAUCAACUGAAACUGGUGAUACUGUUCGUACACUUGUACUUGGAUUAUUGAGUGGAGGUAUAAGUGCUGAAGAAUUUCACUCAGCAUUACAAGAUGCUACAAAUUUUCCACUUCGAGAUUUUGUUUUACCUUACUUACGACACACAAUUCCAUCAUUAAAACGAAAUUUAAAUGCUGCUGCACGAGCUAAUAAUCAAACUUGUGUACAGUUUUUACGUUCAAAUGAAUCAGCAGUAUUGGAAACAGUGAGUUUAGCACCAUCAGGUGAAACAGUUGAACUAUUUGGUGAUCACAAUACAAAUGGUAAUUCAAAUACAUCAGCAUAUAAUGCAUCAAGAAGUGGUACAAAUACAAUUCAACAUUUAAAUCCAGCUUCAAUUCAUCAUCAUUAUUCAGGAGGAGCAACAAAUUUAGCAACAAAACGUCGUAUUUCAGAUACACCAUAUUAUGAUAAUAAUGGUGGUGUAGAUGAUACACCAAUUUAUGGAAAACGUACAAAUAAUUCUUGGAGUCAUCAUGCACAUCAACAACAUCAACAAUCUGAUCUUUAUUGUUGGUAUCAACCAGCUCAUUCAUCAUCAUCAUCUUCAGUUCAAAAUCAUUCACAAUCUCAUGGACAAGUACCACCAAAUCUUGUACAAAUAAAUCAAUUGUCAUCGUUUGGUGCAUCACUACAACCACCUUCUCAACAACAACCACAGUCACAGCCACAACAGCAGCAACAACAACAACACAGUGGACAAACUGGACAAAAUGGAUUAACACUUGAUGAUGAAUGGAAAAAUAUUCACGUUAUGUUAAAUUGCAUAUUGGGAAUGGUUGAAAAAACUAAAAGAGCACUUGUUAUUUUACAAAGACGUGGAUGUUCAAGUCCAGCUGCUGCUACUGCACAAUCAUCAUGUAGCCAAAAUGGAAAUAAUACCAAUAGUAAUAAUAUUACAACGGCAAAUGGUUCACAAAUUGAUUCAAGUAUAACGACUGAUCGAGAUAAUAAUCUUAAACGACUAUCUGGUGAAAUUGUCGCUCAGACAAUUCGAGCAACUGAAGAUCGUGUUGCUGCUGAAGUUAAACGUCGAGCUGAAGAAGCCGUUCAAGAUGUUAAACGUGUUGCAAUGAUAGAAGUACAACGUGCAAUAGCAACAGCAGUAGCUGAAUCACGUGUAAGUGAAAGAUUACGAGUUCAUCAAUUAAUUGAUUUACCAACAUCACACAGAGGGCAUGGACCACUUAGACAAGGAUUCAUACGUAUUGGUAAUCAUUUAAAUAAAAAUGAUAAUACAUCUAAAACAACAUCAGCAGCAACAUCAAGUUUAACAUGUGAUGAUGAAAAAGAUAAUACACAUACAACUCCUGUUAUUGGUUCAAAUUGCUGGAAUUGUGGAAGACCAGCACUUGAAACAUGUGGUGGAUGUGGAAUUGCUAGAUACUGUGGUUCAUUUUGUCAACACAGAGAUUGGGAAGCUGGUGGACAUCAUGCAAAUUGUCAUUCAAAUACAAAUCAAGAAACACGAAGAUCAUCAUCACAAAGCCCACCAAGAAUUGGUAGUAGUGUUUUAGGUAGUUCAACUGAUGUUGAUAGUGGACCAACAAAGGGAAAGUAAUCAUCCAAAAAAAAAAUAUACAACAGCUUAUAAAUCGUUGAUAUAGAAUAAUGUUUUAUUUUAUUGUUUUUUUAGUUAAUUAAUAGAAUUUAUAGAUGACUAAAUAUAUAUUAACAUGCAUGUUUAAUCAAGAAAAAAAUCUUUUAAAUAUUAAUAUAGUAUAUUCAUAUUUAUCAAAUCAUAAUUCAACAAAAUUAAUUAAUAAUUAAAUUAAUUAUUUUCAUUUUGUUAUAUAUUUAUUUAUUUUAUUAUUUUUUAUUUUUCAUGCACGAUAAUUUAAUAUGUACUAGUCAAACAAACAAAAAUUAAUAAACAUUGUAAAAUAGUUA